GUCUUCCCAGUGGUCUCUUUCGUUCUGGCUUUCCCACCAAUAUCCUAUAUGCGUUCCUCUUCUCCCCCAUUCAUGCAACAUGCCCUGCACUGCUUGAUGCCACACAACCUAUAACAAAUUAACAUAUGAGAAGAAACAGGAAAGUCAAAGAGAAAAUUCCCACCAAAAUCUGACCUUCCGUACUAGAAAUAAAAACAUUUACAGCAAUCUGUGCCUCAUUUUAUUUGUAUAAACCAAUCCUACCACUCCGGAAUAACGUUUGAAAAUAGAGCUUGCAUGCAGAUUUCAGGAUCGUAGAAUAGGAGCGUUUUAAGUGAAGUCCAUUCGCGUAGUGCGGUAGAAACAAACUCGAUGCAACGAGUAAGUGCUAUCGCGUGAGGCCUUGGGGGGGGGGGGACAAAUUGGCGAUGAAAGUCUAUAAAGAACUUGGUUCGUUAGCUGUUAAUGGUGGUGACAUCAUUUUUCUUUGUAUCCUAUGCGAUGCUCUUAAAUAUAUUGUCUUCAGUAACGAAACACGUUACAAUAUAAAUCUCGAAGAUGAGCAGCUGGUUACAGAAAUUUAAAUUUUAUAGGUCAUCAAAAUCCGGAUCCUGGUGAUGACACUCAAGUUUUCGUCAAUGAUAGUAGUGAAACAAGUGAGCAUCAGAAGAGAUGCUGUCCAACAUCAAGACUGAGCCCAAUGACAGCGAACUGGAGUUUCAGAUAGCCCUCAAGAAAGCAUGGAGACUGAAGCUACAGGAGGCUGUUGCAGAAUCAAAGAACAGUGUAGAAAAGGACUUUGAGAGGCAAAUGAUUGAAGAGAAGAAACGUCAGGAAGAAGAAGGCAAAUGUGGAGCUUGGAAUAAAGUUGAGCUUGAUCUGUCUCUUGAAUUUCAUGGAAAGGUACCUGGCAAAAAUAAAGUGGAGAAACGAAUGAAGAAAACUGAACAGGAGGGAGGCAACCAUCUCAAAAACAAAACUGCAGAUUCUUCAUGAAAUAUGCUGGCACCAGCUCUGAACUUUGGCAUGGACUUAUGCUUUUAUUGUUUCUUACUGUCUGGAAUAUCAUCUCUAUUUUUAAAUAAGACACAGCUUGCAGCUGCCGACAGUGCCUGUGUGUACUGGAAGGAAGGCCACAGAGUUCAUGUCACAUUCAAAUGAGUACAGUGGUUCUCCUGCUUCCUUAGGUAACCUGUUGGCACCUGUAAGCUGAAAAGUACAAUUUCUAGUGAUCGGUUGCUUGCUUAUAGGACUUGAUCCAGAUGAACAGCCUCUAAGCUAAAUCAGACAUGAAGUAAUUAUAUUUGGCCUUUCUUGAUUGCAAUAGCAAUAUUGUAUCCUUCCAAUGGAAGAAAGAAAUCCUUGUUCAGUUGUAGGCCAGUAUGAAAAGCUGUAAAAUUAUACAAGCAACAGAAUCAGAAGAUGUACAGUCUACUGCAAAUCGUUGAAAAACAGCACUGAUAUAUCACUGAAACAUUUGUAAUGGGUUAUAAAAGUAACUUGGUUCAUCCUGGUCCAUCACACUAGUAAUUGUAUGUAAGGGUUUUAACCACUGUCCAGUGUGACUGAUAAAAAUUGUUUUUAAUUUUUCAUCCUUUACAAGUUUCGGUCAAAACGACCAUCUUCAGAAGGAUAUUAUCAAUACGUAUGGAAACUGCUAUUACAUGUCAUACACAUAUAUGUUUUAUAUCUUUUAACUAAUAUUAAGAUGUACAUCGAUUUGUUAAAACAUCUAAAAAUUAUUACAAUUAGUCUGUUUGCAAAAUAAUGUUCAGUAUUUGUUUUGAACUAGAACCAAUUUGGUUUCUUGUCCUUACAUGUCUGUAAUAAUUUGAGAUGUUUUAACAAAUCAGUGUCCAUCUUAAAAAGUAAAAAAGUAAAGCUAUCCAUGUACCAGGCCGUGAAGGCCCUAUUAGUUAAAUGAUAUAACAUACAUAUCUAUGACAUGUAACAGUAGCUUACAUAAGUGUUGAUAAUAUCCUUCUGAAGAUGGUCGUUUUGACCCGAAACAUGUAAAGGAUGAAAAAUUAAAAGCAACUUUUAUCAAUCGCACUGGACAGUGGUUACAAAUGUUAUAUGCGGUUAUGAAAGUCCUGUGUUUAAUCCACAUGCAGAUGAUAAAGAGUCUUCUGUAGGUAUAUGAAAACUCGAAAGACACAUAGACACGGCCAAUAAUAUCAGGUCAGGAAACUGUAUAAGACUGAUCUUAAGGCAACUUCUUGGAGGUGGUGAUAAUGUUUUGAACCCAAAAUGAAUAUAUAAGUCAGUGCUGAACAUUAUCUGAAGUCUGAAUUGUAAUGCUGAUGUAUUACUAAUCUUCACUUAAGUAGGUACCCAGACAGACUAC